UCUCAAAAAGUACUUCAGAUAGCUCAACUUUGUGCUACUAUAAUUAUUAUCAUUAUUAUAAAGAAGUUGAAAUGUUAAUUGAAAAAUAUAAACAAAAUAAUAUUGCACCACCUUUGCUAGUACUUGAUAAAAGUAAUUUAUAUGAUAAUAAUAGCAUAUUAGUUUUUAAUAAAACUUCAGGUGAAAUAGAGAAAUUAGAUAAUAAAGCAGAGGAAUCAGAUAGUGAGUAUAAAUCUAUAAAUAAUGCAAAUAACUGGGAUGAAAUAAUAUGUUAUUGA